AGUUGAUAUUUGAAACAAUGAUACGAAGAUGCGGGGAAUUUUCAUACGAAGAAGAAAUUUUAUACUGUUCAUUGUGUUAGCAGCUGCUUCCACAUAUGUGAUUAUUACCAACAAGAUUCGAACAGACGAACGACGACACGAUGGUGUUUUGGGAACAAGAAACAUGCUUUCACAGUUGUCCAACAAACUAUUUCUGAAGAAUUACUGCCCAUCAAAGCAGCAAACUUCUGGACUAACACAGACUUUGCGUCGACACACACAACGUCAUGCGUGUUCUUCGCUCGGAUUCUAUGAUGACGAAACCCAUCAACUUGGUAACAUACUUGGCAAUAUAAGCUAUCUUCGAAACAUCUAUGUCUCUGAAAGAUACCGAAUAUAUCUCUGUCUUAUCCCGAAAGCUGGCAGCAACAACUGGGUUAGAGCUCUCUUGACGCUAGAGGGCGUGAUCAACUCAACGAAUACCAUGAGUCCGCGAGAGAUUUCAUGGGCUGCCAAAAAGCACCUCCGCGUUCUCGGGCAGUUUCGCCCGAACGAGCGGAUUCGUAUAUUACGCAAUUACACGUCCGUCAUAUUCGUACGCAACCCGUAUACCCAUCUUUUAUCCGCAUUCCGCGACAGACUCGAGACCUACCCGAAUCGGAAUCCGACUCAUCGAAGAAUUCACAACCCGAAGAUCCACCGGAAGUUUGGGAACCACUCUCCGGCUGAGAUGCCCGAUCCGUCCACACCGGGAGAGAGAUACAACGUCACAUUCAAGGAAUUCGUGGACUAUUAUCUCAGUGGAAUUACAGAUGUCCAUUGGCGUGAGCAAUAUAAAGUUUGCCCUCCGUGUCUGGAUUAUGAUUACAUCGGCAAAAUGGAAUCAUUCUCAGAGGAUUUUGAUCAGGCCGUAAAGAUAUUCAAUGCUUCUUCAAAGGUAUCACUUAUUACAGCUGCACAUGCGACAAAUAGUUCAAAGGACGCCAUCUUAAGAAAGUAUUACGAAACACUUUCGGAUCUUCAAAUGGAACAGCUCGGAGUGCUGUUAAGUUCGGAUUUGUCGCUGUUCGGUUACUCGAUACCAGGAGUAAUUCAAAGAAACAAAGUUUAAUACUUUAUUGCAAAUAGGUUUCAAAAGGGGAGUGAACUAACUAUCUCUCAUCGACUGUGUAAUAUGAUAGUUUUAAAAUAUAGCUUUUUGCAUUAGAUUUAGUAACAUAGCUAAUAAAAUUACCCUAUUUGUAAAAUGAAGUGUUUUGAGGGAGAAGUACAUGUUUUGCUACUUGUCUUGGAAAAAAUAAUUCAUUUCCUUUCUCGAAUUGUUUUUGUAUUGUGUAUGUGUAUACUUGCGUAUCCGCCACAAUGUGGUAUAUGUGGUAAAUGUGGUACUAUUUUGUGACAAAUAAUAUUUUUUUAAGGAAAGAAAAUGUUUUAUUUGAAUGAAUGGAAAAUGAAUAAUCAUCGCGAUAUGAAAUACACUGAGUAGUGAAUUAGUGUGUUAUCAUUCAAGUGUGACGAUAUAGCAAGACUAUACUGGUCAGGAUGUUGCAUUAUGGGUUGGUGCCUAGCCAUAUUUAGCCAUGUAUACAUUAUACAAAUAAUGCAUGCAGCCGAGUGCGUUAGUGGAAAUGCAGAGCACGCGAGGUUUCUUUAGAUAGGUGCCGCACUGUGCACGAGCCGCUUGCGGCGAGUGCCCAGUGUGCUCCAUCUGAAGAAACCGAGCUUUCUCUGCAUUUACUUUAAUUUACGCACGACAGAGCAUGUGCAUUAUUUGUUUUAUAAAAUAGCAACACACAAACAAUUUUUUUAAAAGUUACAGUACAGUUUUGUUGGACUUCUACCGCACUGGUUUGCUUGAGCGUGCAAUGUCAAUUUUCGUUGCACACCUUUUGCAUUACCGUGCAGUGCACAAAAAAAGUUGGAUGUCAUGUGACGCGUAUUGACCAAUCGCGAUGCUUGAAAUAAUGCUGCUAUUUUAUAAUAUGGAUUAUUUUGUAUAUUACAAACAAUGUAAAUAUUUUUUAUAAUGUAUUGUGAACGCAG